AUGAAGAUGAUGUCGAAUUGUUGUUCGUUCGCCUUCUCGUUGGCCUUUGUGACCCUCUGUGCAGCUCUCCUCUUAGGCGACAGACCUCACCAUCGACCUCUCCCGCUACACUACCACUGCCUCCACCGCACCCUCUGCCCCUUCCUCCCCCUCCGCCACCGCGACUCCCACCGCGACCCCUACCGCGACCCCUACUCCUACCGCGACCGCGACAGGGACCGCUACUCCGACAGCGUCGCCUUCGACCACCCCCGCCGCGGUUGCUGCCACUUCAUCUCCAUCUUCUUCUUCCUCUUCUUUCGCCUCUACUGCUUCUGCUUCACCUUCGCCUUCACCGACCGAGGAGCCGUCGUCGUGGUUCUCCUGGUUCUCGUCUGGGUCUGCCGCUCCCUCGGCCUCCCCUGCUGCGGCCCCGGGCGCAGACGCCGGCGGCCUGCCCAGGUACUCCGCACGCUGCGUAGCGUCGAGGCCAGCGUCCACCAUCUGCUCGCCACUCACAACCACGGCAGAGAGCGGCUGCUCACUACUUUCGACUUCUUCGUCUACUUGUUCUCUCAACUCAACAAAAAUAUACAGCUGCGCGUAGAGGUGGUUGUGGUGGACGACGCCUCGACCGAUAACACGGCCAUGAAGCACAACCUGAAGGUGGGCGCCGCUCGCAACCUGGGCGUGCAGGCCUCCACGGGCGACGUCGUGUUCUUUUGCGACUCGGACGACCUCUACCUCGAGAACCACGUCUUCACGUGCUUCGAGCGUCUGGAGAGGGAGUCGAAGGCCGUGUCCGUGACCCUGGGCAUCGAGAUCGACGCAGAGAACGUGGAUAGGGAAUGGGCCAUCGGCAUCGGGCAGACCCUGCCCAUGUCGACCUGCAUGCUGCGCUCCUUCUUCGAUCUGAUCGAAGGGUUCCCCGAGGGCUACUACUGGGCUGUCCACGAGGACGUCGCUUUCUUGCGGCUCAGGCGACACGCCGCCAGCUUGCUCGGCGCGCAGACGAUCAACGACAUCACCAAGCUCACCUCCAAGUACGUGCGCUACCCCGACAACGCCCUGGACCGCCAAUUGGAGCAGUUCCAGAAGCCUAUGUCGGAGAAGAAGUCGGACGAGGAGAUGAGGAACGCGGAGCCGUUCAUGCGGGUCAAGGAGCUGAUCCUCAGCUCCCACGACAAGUACAUUCGGAUCCAGAAGAUUCCCGCCGCACUUGCCGGGAAACCGCUCAACGAGUGGGACAACUACUGGGCCGUCUAUCAGUCGUUGAUUAGGAAGGAGAUGAGGAACAACAACUCGACCUACGCGGAGGAGCUGCGUGUGGCGCCACUCAAGUCGUGGCGCUUGUCGCACCUCCAUACCCUGGCCACGGUGCUCGACCAGCGCGGCAACGGCACCUACGCCCGGCUCUUGCGCGAUCUCGCCCGGACAGUGACCCCCACUCCCCUGGACUCGCAAGAUGACACGGUCAACUACCACGAGAUCUCCACCUCCUCGGCCUAG